AUGAAUAUCGCGAGUAUCCCAUUUUCUGCUAAGCAGCACCUGGAUGAUGGUAAGGUCCAUAUCCUUCUCGCCGCUAGUGGAUCCGUCGCCACGAUAAAGCUUCCGAACAUAGCAGAAGCUCUUGGCCGCCACCAAAGUGUAUCAAUUCGCAUCGUCAUAACCAAUUCUGCGGAGAAGUUUUUGCUCGGUCAAAGCCUGGAGCAACCAGUCCUUGAGAGACUACAUCAACUUCCCGGCGUUGAUGGGAUAUACCGGGACAAAGACGAGUGGAAGAAACCUUGGGUUCGUGGGGAACCGAUUUUGCAUAUCGAAUUGAGAAAAUGGGCGCACUUGCUGCUAGUUGCUCCUCUUUCUGCGAACACAAUGGCCAAGAUGGUUGUAGGCAUCGCAGAUAAUCUACUUCUCUCAGUUAUUAGAGCAUGGGACACAACAGGAUUGAUAGAUCCUAAGGCCAGAAAGCCUCUCGUCUUCGUCGCUCCCGCGAUGAACACUGCGAUGUGGGCUCAUCCAGUCACAGGGAAACAGCUCACGAUCUUACGAGACGAAUGGGGGUGGGGUGCUUCGAACAAAGAUGGCUGGGUUUAUCUUCUUCAACCCAUAGAGAAAUACCUUGCCUGUGGCGAUACAGGUAACGGCGCUAUGAUGGAUUGGAGAGAUAUAGUUGAAGUGGUGGAGGAUUACACGGGCUUGAAAAUGACACGCCAGGGGUUGACAAAUGUUUGA